CAGUAACGCGCUACUAAGUAACGCGUUACUGUAAUCAGAUUACUUUUACAGUAACGCAGUAAUCUAACGCGUUAUUUUGAAAAAGCUAGUAAUCAAAUUAUAGUUACAUGGACGAGUAACUACGCGUUACUUUUGUACGAUAUUGUCUUAGCAGAAUAACAGGUUAUUUGUACUUUUUGUCAAUAAAAUGCGUUGCUUUUGCAAGUCGCGACUGAGUGACGUAAUCCCCCUGAGACGCGACUACCGCCGGUGCGCAGCUGCAGCAGCCAACUUAGCAAAACAAAUGCAACAUGCAUCAUGGAGCUGGGAGAAAAAUACGCAUUGUCGAGUUGGAAGUACGCACAUUAUUUUACUUUAGUUGGUACGAGUGGAAAGAAUGUUGUGGUCCGUUGCCAAUUAUGUGGCGGGAGCAAGACGUUUUCGACGGCGAAAAACUCCACAUCAAACCUUUUGAAGCAUUUAAAGGGACACACAGCACGACGCAACUUGUUGAAAAAGAAGUCAGAUUAGCGACAGCAAGAGAGUCUAGGGUGAGUCUGCCAGCCAAGCAACCAAAACUGGAUUUCUCCCGCGAGCCCCGUGUAACGUUAUAAGAGCUUAAUCAACUUGUUGCGGGAUACAUUGUGGAGGAAAUGCUGCCACUUUCUACUGUGGACUCCUCAAGCUUUCGCCGAAUUAUCGACAAAAUUCCCUCAAACAAUAAUGUACAUCUGCCACACAGAAAGUCAUUCACCUCAUAUCUGGAAAACGAGUACAAAAAGAUGAAAGCCGCUUUAAAGUUAGCGUUAGAUGAUGUACAGUUUGUAUCAACAACUGCAGAUAUCUGGACUGCUAAUAAUAGGAGUUAUAUGGGUGUAACCAUUCACUGGUUCAACCAAGACACUUUGGAAAGACACAAAGCUGCGUUGGCUUGCAAAAGAGUUAGAGGCAGGCACACUUUUGAUGUCAUUGCUGCUGAACUGGAGCAAAUUCAUUCAUCUUUCGGCUUGCUAAACAAACUUGUUGCUACAGUUACAGAUAAUGCAUCCAAUUUUGUGAAAGCAUUUAAGACUUUCCCACCACCUGAGUCUGAUGAAGAUGAAAAAGAAGAGGAGGAGGAAGAGGAGCAGGAAGAUGUACUUUUUACAGACAUAGCAGAAGCCCUCACUUCUGUUUCUGAUGAGGGCCACAUCACUCUCCCCCCACACUACAGGUGUGCAUCACACACCAUCAACCUCAUUUCCACAAGUGACGUUGAAAAAUACCUCACAUCUAGUCCAACUACAAAAUCUGUGUACAGGGUUACUAUUGCAAAAUGCACUGCGCUUUGGACUAAAGCAAGUCGAUCAACUGUUGCAGCAGAACAAGUGCAGGAGGUCAGCCAGAGGAAGCUCCUGGUUCCAUCAUCAACCAGGUGGAAUUCAUUUUAUGAUGCAGUCUCCAGAGUUGCAGAGAUCCCUAUGAAUGAGCUAAAUAACCUGUGCAACAAGCUGGGUAUCAAGUGCUUCAAUGAAAAAGAAUAUCAGUUCAUGCAUGAAUUCUGUAUUGCAAUGAAGCCACUUACUGCAGCACUGGACAUACUGCAGGGUGAUGAGUGUCCAUAUGGUGCUUUGCUGCCUACACUUGAGAUCCUGAUGACAAAGUCUCUCAGCCUAAAAGAUUUGCUCACCAAGAUGACAGCAGACCUGCCAGAUGUUAUUGUAAAGGCCAUCCAGACUCGUUUCUCCAUUGUGCUCGACAACAAAGAUGCUCUUCUUGCUGCCAUAAGCUGCCCAAAGUUCAAACUCAGAUGGGUGAAAGAUGGAGCUAGAAAACAGCAACUGAAGAAUCUUCUGGUAGCAGAGUGCCAAAUACUUUCUUCUUCAGCAGGAGACUCAGACAAAACUGACAAUGUGCCAAUCAAAGUAGUAACACCAGUAACUGGUAUGGAGUUUUUUGAAUUUGAGUCAGAGCCUGAGGACUGUUACUCUGCAGACCAAGAAGUAAUGAACUAUCUGAGCUCAGGGGGAUUUGAACUUGACACCUUGAGCAACUUCCCCGCAGUCAAAAAGGUUUUCCUGAAGUACAACACUCCAACCCCUUCAAGUGCACCAGUAGAGCGUUUUUUUGUUUUAGGUGGAUUGGUGCUGACCCCAAGACGGAAUAGACUGUCUGACAGUCGAUUUGAGAAGCUGCUUUUAAUGAGAUACAACCACUGUUUCACUAGCCCUGAUCAUCUGAAAAAAAGUGAACAGUAGUGUCAAGCCUUUAUACUUUUUGUGAUUUGUUUUGUUAGUACCUUCAGCAGUUCAAAAAAAAAGAGUGGCAGUUAAAGAGGUCAAUGAUUCAAUGAUUUUACCUUGUUAUCAUGGCCUUCCUUCAUCAUUAGUUUACUUAAAGUUAUAUUUGAAUUGAUUCAUGCAUGUUUGAGUAAUCUUGUUUUGUUCUUCAGCCGGAGCUUGAGUUUAUAGUAAAGCAGCAGGUAUGGUUGAAAACCGUCCCAUAGCCACUUUCCAACAAUAUAAAGGAGUAAUUUAAAAACUGCUGUCUGUUACAGUUAAAUUUUAAAAUGAAAAACUUUACAGUUCUGCACUUUUGAACAGGAAGUCAACAGAGCCGUUUGUUUUUAAGCCGUUUUAGAUCAAUUUGGGGUGUUACAGUGAACAAAAUGUAAACUGCUGUGCUGAUCUACAUAUGUUCUAGUUUAAAGAGUUGAAAAAAACACACAAUAGGUCUCAUUUAAGUUUUGAGAUUUAAAUUGAACAACUACAAACAAUUAAAUUUAUAAGAUUCCCUUAAAAUUAUAAAGGGAGCUGAUUUUAUUUAUUUACAAUAUGCUGUAUUUUUAUUUGGAAAACAACUCGACAUUGUUUUAAGUUAAAGAGCCAAAGGCUAAAUUUGUUUGUUUUGCGAGUUUUGCACUUUACAAUAAAGUUUUUAUUGUGAAACGCUUCUGUAUUAAAGUACUUUGUAAUCAGUAAUCAGAUUACUUUUGAAAAAAGUAACUAGAGUAGUAAUUAGAUUACUUUUUGAAGAAGUAAUCAGUAAUCAGAUUACUUUUCCAGAGUAAUCUGACC